CGGCCUCAUUUGAGCGCCGCACACAACAUGGCGGACAGCGAAAGUAGAAGUCAUAGUACCGGAGAAUAACGCUCAGUUUUUAAAGCUAAACCAGGCUUUAUUAUUUCAAUAUUAAUCAACGAAUACAUUGAAUUGGAGCUGCAGGCAAGUCUGAAACCGGCAGAGGACGAUGUUUGGUCUCCGUCUGUCCCUGGGGCUCCAGCCUGGGACACAGCUGUGCUCCGUCUCCCGGCGGAGUGUCCAUAAACUUGCUUCGCUUCAGAAAGCCACGUUGCUUCCCCCGAAGAAAGUCCAAGGCUUACUCUACCCCUUCAGUGAGCUGGAGGCUUACCUGGACAGGUCUGUGGACAGGACCCAGUUCCAGCUCUUUCAUCCCAGUUUGGAGGACAUGGUUAAGUCCGAAAAGCUCUUCUGCUCCUCCCCGUCUCAUAAGAUUGAUUACUACGUCUCUGCAGAGAGGCUGGACCACGUACCUGCACUGAAACCGCCAGAGGUGUGUUUCAUUGGCAGGAGCAACGUGGGCAAGUCCUCUCUCAUCAAAGGGCUGUUCUCCCUGACUCCUGAGGUAGAAGUCCGAGUCUCCAAAACUCCAGGUCACACGAAGAAGAUGAACUUCUUCCGAGUGGGCCGAGCUUUCACUGUGGUGGACAUGCCAGGCUACGGUCACAGAGCUCCCAAAGACUUUGUGGACAUGGUGGAGCCGUAUCUCUACACGAGGAAAAAUCUGGUGAGGACGUUCCUGUUGGUCGACGGCAGCGUUGGUGUCCAGAAGGCUGACCUGAUCGCCCUGGAGAUGUGUGAGGAGAUCAGACGUCCAUAUGUGAUGGUGGUGACGAAGAUUGACAAAUGUGGCUCGGGAACACUGCUGACCAAUUUACUGGAUCUUCAGGAUGUGGUGAAAACACACACCACGAGCUGCUUCCCCCAGCCGUUCCUGGUCAGCUCCCUCCACUUCUGGGGGAUCUACCUGCUGAGAUGCUUCAUUACCCACGUAACAGGGAGCCUCAGGUUAACGGACACUGCUCCCAGCUGACCAGAGCUCCACGUACAUCCACAAUGCUUGGUUCACAUGCAUCGAAACAACUUCUUCAGAGGCUUUUAUUUUCUAAUAAAACAUAAAAUACUCCUUU